AUGGUAGGCAAGUCUACAGAAACAGUUCCGACCAAGCGAGCCUGCGAUAGCUGUCACCGAAGAAAGAUCAAGUGUAUUGGUGAAGGCACGGCCCCUUGCAAAAACUGCGUCUCUGCUGGUCUUGCAUGUACAUACAAUUUGAUCCCACAGAAGAAAGGACCUAAAGGCCGCGCCAAGGUCCUGUCUAAACUUCCCAAAACUCAACGCAAUGCCCGACUUGCUGCAGGAUUCCCAACCGAUCUUGGGUUCGAUGGUCGGUCACUACCCUCAGCAUUUGCUCGCAUACCAGGCCUCUUGCCCCCCGCUCUCGUUGAGAGUUGCAUAGAAUACUUUUUCGCUCAUGUCUACCCUUCAGAGCCCGUCUUGCACCGCCAAAGAGCGCAAGAAGCCGCUGUCGGUAUGGACCGCUCGACAGAGGCAUACUGCAUGGUGGUCGCACUAUGCGCCUACGUCAUGAUUCAGGCCAACCACAACCCGCCCGUCAGCGUACUACCAUGUCCCGAAAUGGCCCACAUGUCAAACGUUGGCAUCGGCCAUGUCCUACUCGAGGAGUCGGUUCGUGUGCGACAAGGCUACGACCACCGUGAGAAUCCUACACACUACAGCGUGCUCACAUCGUGGUUCUACAGUGGCUGCUACUUCGGACUAGCGUGCGAGAACACAGCAUGGACAUAUCUCCGAGAUGCCACCACACAAGCGCAGUUACUUGGUAUGCAUGACGAGGAGACCUACAAAGAUGACCCUCUCGAUAUAUCACGCAGACGAGUCCUGUAUUGGCUUCUCUUCGUAGCCGAAAGGACUUAUGCGUUACACAAACAUCGCCCAAUUUCCUUACGCCCGACCAUACAACCGCCUUCACUGGAUGAGGUCCCAUCCGAUCGACCCAUUGCUGCUGGACUAGAACUCAUGAUCAACAUGUUCAAGAUCGUUGACGACACUUUCAUCAACGUUUGGAAUCGAGUGUACGAUACACGUGCAAGCGCUGCAUGGAUUACACAAGUCCAAACCCAACUGUCAAAGGCCAUCCCCGCACAUUUCGAGUACACAGAAGUCCAGGAAGUCCGGAUCCACAUCACAAAACAAUGGCUGAGAUCGAAAAUUUGGCAGUUAAGCGUCUCGGAGGGCCUUGUGACCAGCGUGUCCAAUGACAUCCUCUUUACAUUCAAAUACCCAAUCGAAAUCGCUCGGGAUCUUUUCCCUAUUGUACAGAGAUCUACCCAACAAGCCAAGGAGGUUUACAGCGCAGUACUGAUCGAGCAGAUAUAUGAAAUUGCGUGUUGCCUAGCUGACGCUAUUCAACACUUACCUGAGGCACCUGUUCCGACGAUCCACGAUUAUCAGUCUCGAUUCUUGAUUCUGUUGUCUUGCCUUACCGUAGGACGCACUCCGCCUGGUCGCUUCGCGGAAAUUAUCUCCAAUAUUCUUAUUGGACCUUCAAACACCUCGUCAUCAUUUCCUUCUCGUAUGAGCCCCACACAGACACCUGACCGUAUCUCGACUGGCUCAGGGACGAGUCUCUUCAAUACCGACAAGAACCGCGAGGCAAGUCGAAACACAACAUCGCCUUGGUAUCCCUCGAACGAUUUGAUUCCUCCAGUCACGACCCAGAAUACCGCCCAGCAUGCCAUGAUGAAUUUUCCUAUACCACACGUUAGCGACAUGUCUCCACACCAUAUUCGAGACGGUCUAGCGCAUUUGUGCUCCACCAGUUCUGUACCGGAAAGCAUCUCUACUACGCCUUGUUUCCUCGAGACGAACAUAUUGCCACAACAACAAGAUCCUACGCAAUAUCCUGUGGUAGCGCAGCGCGACAGUUACUUCAACAAUGUGAAGAUAGAAACAUACGAUCCCAUGAUACUACGGUGA